UUACGUAUCCCGGACGGCUCAGUGCUGUGCUAGAUCUUGAUCGGUUCGAAUCGUACGUGAGCGAGCGGCGGAGUUUCAACUCCCUCUGGUUUGCCUUCGUCAUCAGAAGGGAAGUAGGGCUACUUUUGAGGGCGUGACAAAGUUGGAUUAUUUUUACUUUCGGGGGGAAAAGAAAACGAUUCCAGAGGUUUGGAAUAGCAGUGACAGAAGUGUGAAAUACUCAGCAAACAGAUUCGAUUAGCGAUCACGUUCCAACCCAUUUCUUAGCUAGUGACCUACUUUUAGUAUAGAAGAAAGCAUGAUGAAGAUUAACGGUAAAUACCUAAGCGUGAUAUCGUUGGUGAUAUUUUCGAUUAGUGGCAGUGCUUAUACGACGCAACGAUCGCACAUGCGGGAAGAUGAGGGAAGUCCGUUCUUGGAUAUGGCCUCGGAGUUCUUGCAGUCUCUCGGAAACCAAAAUGGAGGGGGUGGAAACGCGGCAGCAGGACUUUCGGGAAUCGCUUCCAUGCUGUUGCCAUUGAUGGCUAAUGCCAAUGCAGGAGGUGGUGGCGGUGCUAAGUCCAACAAUGACGGCGUUGGAGCUAUCCUGUCGGGAAUUGGAAGUAUGUUGGCGGGAGCCAAUGGUGGUAAUGCUGGAGGCGGUGGUGGUGGUGGGUUUGAUCCCGCUCUGAUUGGCAAUGUGAUCCAGAUGUUCGCUGGAGCGAACGAGGAACAGCAGCCUCAAAGGCGGUCAAACAAACGCCAAAAGCGCCAACAGAAAGCUGACGAAGGUAAUCCAAUCCUGGAUACCGUUUUGUCCGUUGCCCAAACCUGGUUGGCCAAUCAGAACAGCGUAGACCAUGAUGAGGAGCGUGAGCCACAACAUCCCGGUGUCAAUGGAGACACAAUCAUUAAUCUGCUUCCACUUGCCGUUCAAGCGUUCCAAGCUUUCUCGGGUCCUGACAUGGAAAAGACCCAACAGAAACACAAGGACCACUCGUGGGUUCUGCCCCCAUUCCUCGAGCACAUCCACGUUAUGUGGGACCAGUUCACUCAGUCUGAGCUGGCACAAGCUAUUUGGACCAAAAUCGGUUUGGAUACGGUAUUCAAAGGAUUCGUAGGUCGUGAUGGAAAGUUGGAUUAUGAUAAACUAUUCGUCACGCUGCAGAACCAGAGUUUCCGGCGCCGGUGGAUCAAGGCCGCCACUAUCUAUUUAGCUGAUUGGGCUAACUACAUCGCCAACCCGGAGGUGUAUCAGAGGUAUGUCGCCACUGGACAGAUGAUGGCCAACGGUUUCCUUCAAUCGCAAGGCUAUCCCAAGCAAGUGCUCCUGGACAUCGACCGCCCAAGCGAAAGUAUUUCCAAUUUGAUCGAUCACGUUGCCAAGAAGCAUCUGCAGGUCAAAAUCACUUCGGUGACGUACGUGAAACCGGCAGUCAACUAUGUCAAGGAUCUGCUAAAACUGGGCAAAGCCAAACAGUUCCUCAAGCAGUACAACGUCACCGAAAUGACCGACAAGCUGACCGACACGUUGAAUUUGGAGGUAAUUGAACCGGUGCUGAAAGUUCAUCGGGCCUAUCGGCAUGCGGUACAGACACCUCACUGCGAUAAGUACAUUCUGUGCGAAAUCAAUUCCCACGAUCCGAACGAGCAGCGCGCGCUCGGUGGCUUCAAGCAGGGAGUGACCCGAAUCGGCAGCAUGGCGGCGUCUUGGUUCAUUAGUCAGGAAACUGGAACGCCCUUCUGGACGCUGUUCGCCAUCAUCAACGAUCCUCAUAAUUGUGAUGUUAAGCACCCCGUUGAAUGCACGGAAUACCACGAGAAUGAAUAUCGAGUGUCCACGGAAUAUCCACACAACGAACUGUAGAUGAGGUGCAGCGAGCGGCGGAGGAGUUGUUCAUAAAAAAAUGUGAUUGUUGAAGAAAAAGGCAGAAAACCAGGCGAUUUUGUGAGGGUUCAGAGCUUUCCCGAGCAUAAGGAAAAAAAGAGUACGGAAACGUGCGAAUGCGUGCGCAAAUUCAAGCCACCUAUAUUGAAAUUUACAUUUGAUUGGCUAUCCAUAUGCAUAUGCGGGCGUAGAAAAUAAGAAAAUUCAAAGCGAAACACCGAUAGCGAAUUAAACGAAGCGCAGUUCGAAUGCGAAAAUCGCUUCGCGAUGGGGAGGCCAAGACGGAAGAGAAAAUUAGCUUUAAGGCAAGUCCAUUUCGCGUAACGGGAACAUUAAAAACAAUUAACUGUUAAUCUAGGUGUAGGUGUAUGCAAAAAAGUAAUAGAAAUUGUGCCUUCUCGAUUUUAAAUGUAAAUUUCAAAUACGGUUUUUGGCGCCAGGGAGUUCGGAUCAAGGAAAUGCUGUAAGACUCGGGAAUCGCACUCAAAAACAAUAAAAACCCCAAAAAAUAAAUUAAUUUAUAAAAAUCUA